CCUUUUCCCCAACUCACACUACUCUCUCUAGUCUCAGCCAAGAAAACCAAAACCAGCUCUCCCUCAGAUGAACUCCAAUUACCAGCUCUCAGACUCCAACCAGCAAAGCCUCGAAUCAGUCUCCUCCAUCAACAAGCCCGAGUCGUCUUCCUUAUCUGACACGAGCUUCACGACUCAUUGCGACGAAGCGGUGAUACUUGCUUCGAGCAGGCCAAAGAAGCGAGCCGGUAGGCGAGUGUUCAAGGAGACUCGCCACCCGGUCUACCGGGGCGUGAGGCGCAGGAACAAUAACAAGUGGGUGUGCGAGGUCAGGGAGCCGAACAAAAAGACCAGAAUUUGGCUCGGGACGUACCCAACUCUUGAGAUGGCAGCUCGGGCGCACGAUGUGGCGGCGUUGGCCCUUAGGGGGAAGCAGGCAUGCCUCAAUUUUGCUGAUUCCGUGUGGCGGUUGCCCAUUCCGGCUUCUAAAGACCAGCUCGACAUUCGCAGGGCCGCCGCCGAGGCUGCUGAGACAUUUCGACCUGAGGAGUUCGGCGGCGUCUCGAGCAGCAGUGACGACAACGAGAGGGAGUAUGAGGAUGAGAAUGUUGAGAUGGACAACGAGAAGAAGAAUGAUGGCUUCUACGAGGAUGAAGAGGCGCUCUUCGACAUGCCCAGAUUGCUGACUAGCAUGGCGGAGUGUCCACUGCUCUCUCCGCCUCGUCAUUACUCGGACGGUAUGAACUGGGCAGACUAUCAGGUGGAAAGCGAGUCAAAUUUCAGCUUAUGGAGCUUCUAAGAGAACACGUAUCCGUCAUUUAGAUGGGACAGGUGUCCAGCUUGCUUUUAAAAUUGUAUUUUUAUUUCUGUCGAUGAUUUUUUUAUUCGUUUUUUUUUUCCCACUGAAGCGCUUCAUACAAUGAUCUUGGAUUUAGUACG